UCGUGAACUUAAGCUUCCAGUUUUGAGUAGGUCAGUAAAUAGUGGUUUACUAACAUGGAACAUUUCGUAACAGAAACAUGUGUGCUCAUGCACACAGGUUGUUGCAGCGUCCCGUUGCAACCAUGACGGCGCAAUUCGGCAGCGCAUCAGAGCGGAUCCUUAGCGUGUACGGGGUUCCAGAAAUAGUUAGCGAAAAGUAAGGUUACCUCAAUCGCAUGGUGCGCAAGUCAGAUAAAUCCUAGUUGCCGCACAUUUCGUGCUGUUUGAGUCAACCAAGCGGACCACGAGUUCUUGUGAUCUGACAAACGGAAGGAAUUAUUCCUCCCGUGGACGGCGGGUGGACAUAUGGCUAUUAUAGCCGGUCCUAAAGAACGAGCCCCUCCAUUGGAGUUCGGAUAGAGUCGGUACCCCUCUGAUUACGAGUAAGGGAACAAUGUGUUCGACUUAGCGUAAGAGGAUUUACCCUGACUAACAUAAUAGAAGAAGAAGAAGAAGAAUAACCAUGACGGCUCAUCACUGGAUGGAUGGAAACAUCCACACCACCGCCUUCACACCGCGUGAGCACCAAAUAGAGUUGCUCGCGAUGGCGCGUGAGGAAAACCUGAUCGUCUGUCUGGCCCACAAUUCGUCCAAGGAGUUUCUUGUGGUGAAGUUGAUUCAAUCGUUGCGCUCGGAGAGAGUUCAACCGGGGGCAUCGGGGAAAACGAUUUAUCUGACCGCUCGUAUGGAUCGCACCCAGCUGGCCACGAUGGUUUCCAACCUCACCGAUUUGUGUGUGUUCAGUGUUGAUUCGAGCGUGAACGAAGGAACUGCCACCGAGUCUUCAGAUCCCCCGCUUGCAGAGAUAGGAGCUGCGGACGUUCUAUUUUUCGCCAGCGAUUGCACCCUACUGGACCAUCUAAACCGGGGCAUCGUGCGGGUGGAAGACAUAAGCUUGUUUGUGGUAGACGAGUGCCAUAAUAUCUACAGCCACCCGGAGCUGUGGGAAAUUUGUGCAAAGAUAGAGCAGAGUUCGCACGCACAGACCAAGCGCACCAAAAUUCUUGGUCUCGCCGGCCCACUGCACGGUGCAGGUUGUGCACCGGAAAGGCUUUCUUGGGAACUGCACUAUCUAGAAAAGUGUUUGCGGGCACGUAUUGAAACCGCCAGCGAUAUCACCAGCGUGCUCAGGUUUAGCACCAAACCCUACGAAUUGAUCCUGGAAUGCCGUCCAGUACACCAAUCGAACUUAACACGGCAGUUGCGAUCGCUGGUAGGGCGGCAGAUGGUUUUCUUGCGCGAGCAUUGUUUCGAUCCGCUAGCCAUGUAUGGGCUCGACGGAGAUAUCGACAGUGCCGUGAGUGAACUCGACACGGAGAACGAUGAUGAGGAGGCCGAACUACGCCGUGAACUACGUUCUAUCCCCGAUCCAAGGGCAGCACCGCUUUCCUACCUCCAGCAGUAUCUGGACCUGCUGGACGAAUUCGGCCCAUGGGGUGCAGACAGGGGUGCACUGGAGCUGCUGACGACCAUCGAGAAGGAGAAAAUACGCACCCCGUACGAGAGACACUUUUUGUUGCUAUGUAUGGUGUCCACCGUGUUCGUCCAGGUCCGGGCCCUGGUGGCGUCGGUUUUUGUCCGAUAUGCUUCCGAAAUGGAGCGAAUAAAACACUACUCCACGCCGAAAGUUCGUCGAUUACUGGAAGUGCUAGGAUGGUUCGGUGAACAACGAAGCCGCCCAAAAGAUCGGAAUCAGGCGGGAAUGUUUCAGCACUACCAACUUCAGCAGCAGCAGCAGCAUCAACAGCAAAAAUUAUUUCCUUACUGCUUCUGCCGGCAGCCCAAUUGUAAAGAUCUCGGAAAACUCUACCACUCGUUUGAGGGACAAGUCGGAGAUGUCGGAGAACGGAUCGACCGUUUGAUGGACCACCUACGAUCCGUUCGUCAAACCACCGAUCGGUUGAUGCAAAAAUACCGAACUUCAAGUACUGGCAUAUCAGAGGCCGGUACGGGCGGCAUUCACCAAUCGCCACGCCAUGGGAAUGAAGGGCGCACGGGUAAUUUUCGUAGAAGACGUUUCGCCGGUGGAGGUACGGCCGGGGGUGGUCCUCACUGGGCCCAACAUUACCAUUCGCAGCAUAAAUCCUCCGACGCCACCGAUGCACUGUGUGGGUUGAUAUAUUGUAACAACCGCUCGAUGGCCCGCAUCCUUUACGUGCUACUGUACGAAGUCUCGAGAUCACAGCCCGGAUACGAGUUUAUCAACGCGCAGUACACGGUGGACAAGAUGGUUGACCCGCAGACUGAUCCGCAACAUGCUGCCCUCGAGCACCGCAAGCAGGAGGAAGUUUUGAAACGCUUUCGCAUGCACGAGUGCAACCUGCUGAUCGGUACGUCCGUGCUGGAGGAAGGCAUCGAGCUACCCAAGUGCAAUCUUGUCAUCCGGUGGAACUGUCCUUCCAACUAUCGCUCGUACGCCCAGUGCAAGGGACGAGCGAAAGCACCGGGAGCAUACCACAUCCUUUUCGUUACUCCAGACGUGACUCACGCCGAGCCAGAGGAGAGUAUCGAGGAUCACCCAACGGACUGUGAUGAAGUGAUCGAAGAAGAUACGAUAAACGGUGAUGAGGCAACCAUGGAUGCGAAUGAUCGCGAGCUGGUGGAACGAUCCACCGAUGCCAUGAUCGAGCGCGUUGCGAUUUACAGAGAAGUUGAAAAGCUUUUACUGGCCAAGUGCCGCAACGGGGAACCUGCAGAAAGAGAAUUGAAGCAUGCGGACUGUUUUAACCACUGCCUGGAAAUAUACCGACCAGGGAAAGGCUCCGAUGGACCCUCUGGCGCCCUGUGGCUAGGAAAUGCCAUCCAAACGCUCAACAAAUAUUGUGCCAAACUGCCCAGCGACACCUUUACCAAGCUCACACCCAUCUGGCGCUGCGCGACGACCGACCGCAACGGUCACAAACUGUUUCAGUACACCAUCCGUUUGCCGAUCAACUCGCCGUGGAAGGAAGAUAUUUUGGGACUACCAAUGCCGACGGAAACGCUAGGCCGACGGAUGGCGGCGUAUGUAGCCUGCCGGAUGCUACAUGCUGCCGGUGAGCUGGACAAUUCCUUUCAAUCGUUCGGCAAAGAGGCGUUCCGUGCGUUCGAAGCGGACUGGGAAAACUUUGAGCUGGAGGAGUCGGACGCGAAGAUACUGACGGACAACAGUGAUCCGCGGCCGGGAACAACGAAACGGCGGCAGUAUUAUUAUAAAAGGAUUGCAUCCGUGUUCAACGAUUGUAGGCCCCAGGUGGACAUGUGUGCCUACCUUUACCACAUACGUAUGGAGCUUAUCUGUCCCAUACCGGAGGAGCAGAAUACACGCGGGCGCAAGAUCUACGCCCCGGAGGAUUCCCCACAGGGGUUCGGCAUACUGACCACGAAGCUGAUUCCGAAGAUCAGCUCCUUCCCAAUAUUUACCCGAUCGGGGGAGGUUAAAGUGUCGCUAGAUCUCUGUCCGCAGCUCAUGCGACUGACCGAGUGGCAGCUAGAAAUGGUCAACCGUUUCGUUCAGUACACAUUCACCAAGGUGCUGCGAUUGCAGAAGAGCCUCAUGCUGUACGAUGCGAACGCGACGGAGAAUUGUUUCUUCAUCGUUCCUACCAUCAAGCGGUCGGACGCGCCCAACGGCGAUGAUACGCUCGGUGGUCAUGCAGGCGACGUAACGGUGGACUGGGAGUUUGUGGAAAAAAUUGCCACCAAUGUGCAUCGCAGCGGGCCAACGUUCAUACCGGACGAGGCGCGCAAGGGUUACACGUUCGACGUGGGCAAGUUCCGCGAUGCAGUCGUGAUGCCGUGGUACCGGAACCGCGAUCAACCGCAGUACUUUUACGUGGCGGAAAUUUGCUACCAUCUGUCGCCGAAAAGUACCUUCCCCGGUUCGAACUAUGCCACGUUCGAGGAGUACUACCACCGGAAGUACAACAUUCACAUACAAAACGUACGGCAGCCGCUCCUGGACGUCGAUCACACCAGCGCCCGGUUGAACUUUCUCACGCCCCGGUACGUCAAUCGAAAGGGUGUCGCGCUGCCGACCAGCUCGGAGGAAACGAAGCGUGCCAAACGGGAAAAUCUCGAGCAGAAGCAAAUACUCGUGCCCGAGCUGUGUACGAUACAUCCAUUUCCGGCCUCGCUGUGGCGUGCGGCAGUCUGUCUGCCGUGUGUCCUAUACCGUAUCAAUGCACUCUUACUAGCCGAUGAAAUCCGGCGCCAGGUUGCGCGGGACCUACGGUUGGGGCGCGAGAAUGUGGACGAUUUCGAUGGUGGCAAGUUUCAAUGGCCGAUGCUGAGCUUCGGCUGGAAUCUGGCAGAUGUGCUGCGCAAAACGAAGGAACAGAAAGUAGCCCAAGGACAGGUAGCAAACGGGGCAACGCCAGAUGCUGUACCGAAUGAGGAGAAGGCACCGAUCGUCGUACCAAAUGAAGCACCGGUAACAAACGAACAAACGCAGGAUACUGAUAUCACUAAAAGUAGCUCUAACGUAGUAAAAGAGAAUUGUGUGGCGUCUGAGGAUAGUCAGAGGGUGGAAACAGACGAACAGACUGCGGCAGCACCGGGUGAGGACGAGUCACUACUGGAGAUUGGAAUGUGGUCGAACGAAAUGGCUGCCGGUGUUGGCACAGGUGAUGUUAACGACACGAGCGAGGUUGAAGCAGGCAGAGGAGCUUCAUCACCGUCGUUCCUGCGUUACGAUUCUGAUUGCGCCAGCAACAGCAGUGGUAACUACUAUUCCUCCGAAGAGUACGACGACGAUGAGGACGACUACCUACUCGACGACCCAGGAACGGAGGAAGAUAUCGGAGCACAACCGUCCGAAAUGGUUGCUUCGAUUGAUGCGCCGACCGCGUGCAACGGAAAGGUGGGCAGCGCCACUCAACAGGACACUACGGUGAGCGCCGGUAGCCGGUUAAAGAUCGAGUUUAAAUCGGAAACGGUCGCAGAAGCGAUCGACUCCGAGCGCGACCUACAGCGGCAGCGUACGCAACAAAGCAUUAUUCAACGGUCGCGACUAAACGAGCAACUGUAUCAAAGUUCGAAAAACGCCAUCGAUGGAUUCAGCUGCUCACCGGCAAUCGAUCUGGCCAACGAAGACGAGCGGCGGCAGGCAGAGGAAGCGUUUGCGAAAGCGAAAACCCACACCAAGGACAUCAUUCGGCUGCACGGCGCACUGGUGCGCUGUGACGAACCACUCUCGGGACGCCACUGGCGGGCAAAGGUAGACGAAUGUGAGGCAAAGCGACUGGCUGCCCUGAUGGACGAUAUGGGAGGGAGCCCGUUCGUGGAGUUCGUGCCAUACAUCGACGAGGAGGAACUGUUCGAAUUACUCGUUCGCAACGGAAGCGUCGGUGAACGGUGGCUUCGACUGACCGAUCUCUACCGGUUGAACGAGCGAUUCUUUCCCGAAAGGUACAACGUCUUCCGUGGCGGUUCUCCAUUUGAUCGCUUCCUGGUGGACGCUACACAGGGCACCAACGAACGACCCCAAGCAAAACAGAUCGUUUUAACCAUAAGCGAUCCUUUUCCUGCUAUAGCAGCCGGUCAGACGGCCUGCAAUUAUAAACCAAAGCCUUCGGCCUUACAAGAACGCACCGUCAAUAUUGAAAUGACCAAUGGUAGGUACAGUGCUGAGGUAGCUCAAGACGGUGGCUUCAGCUUCGACUAUCAGCCGGACCUCGAACAUCAUCCAGGUCCCAGUCCCGCCAUAAUUCUGCAGGCGCUGACCAUGUCGAAUGCGAACGAUGGCAUUAAUCUAGAGCGGCUUGAAACGAUAGGCGAUUCCUUUCUAAAAUACGCCAUUACGACCUACCUCUACUGCCGUUACGAUAACGUACACGAGGGUAAGCUGAGUCAUCUGCGCUCGAAACAGGUUUCCAACCUUAACCUGUAUCGGUUAGGACGCCGAAAACGACUGGGCGAUUGUAUGAUAGCGGCUAAAUUUGAACCACACGAUAAUUGGCUUCCACCGUGCUAUUACGUCCCGAAAGAACUCGAGCAAACGCUCAUCGAUGCGAAGAUUCCUGCCUGCCAUUGGAAUCUAGCCGAUCUUCCAGACAUUAAACGCCUGUCGUGCGCUGAAAUUUGUCAAUUGGUAAAAGAUAGGGCUCGCGCCAAGCGGAUCGAAGAACACGAAGUGGUGCAAAACGGAAGUGAGGCGGAUCAAGAGACGAAUGACGACGAAGACGAAGAUGAGGAUGAUUCGGUAGACAUUGGAAAUGAGGACGGGUCGGACUACUAUUCUUGCUUCAUUCCGUACAAUCUCGUCACGCAACACAGCAUACCGGACAAAUCGGUUGCGGAUUGCGUCGAGGCGCUAAUCGGGGCCUACCUCAUCGAAUGUGGUCCUCGGGGUGCUCUACUAUUUAUGGCGUGGCUCGGAAUAAGGGUGCUUCCAAUUCUGGAUUCCGAACCCACAAGCCAUCAAACUACGAUGACCCGCUAUAGUGAGAACGAACCUGCUUCCUCCAUAAUGCAGUACGGACACUGGGUAGCACCGCCAUCGCCGAUGGUACGAGCCAACAUAACGUUUGGUGGAAUCGUGGCGGGCGCUAGCGUAACGGUCCAGGAACUCGCCCGACUCCUCGAGGGAUUCGAAGCGUUUGAGCACACGCUCGGAUACACGUUCCAGGACCGAUCCUACCUACUGCAAGCUAUGACGCACGCAUCCUACAGUCCGAACCGAUUAACAGACUGCUAUCAGCGUCUAGAAUUUCUCGGUGAUGCCAUUCUGGACUACCUGAUCACACGCCACCUGUACGAGGAUCGUCGACAACAUUCCCCGGGUGCCCUGACCGAUCUUCGCUCCGCGCUUGUCAAUAAUACCAUCUUUGCGUCUCUUGCCGUGCGGCACGGAUUCCACAAGUACUUCCUUCAUCUUUCGCCCGGUCUGCAGGAAGUUAUCGACCGGUUUGUUCGCAUACAGCAAGAGAACAGUCAUCGAAUAACAGAGGAAGAGUACUACUUACCUGACGAGGACGAUGAUUUGAUGGAUACCAUCGUGGGAGGCGCAAUGGAUGGUGAUGGAACUGAUGGCCGUUCAGUCGGCCAUGGUACGGGCGAAGCAGAAGACGUUGAGGUGCCGAAAGCAUUGGGCGAUGUAUUUGAAUCAAUCGCAGGAGCUAUCUUUCUCGACUCCGACAUGUCACUCGACACUGUGUGGAAGGUCUACCGUAAGAUGAUGGGCCCGGAGAUAGAAAAGUUCAGCAGUUCGGUACCGAAAUCACCCAUCCGCGAGCUCCUAGAGAUGGAGCCAGAGACGGCCAAAUUUGGUAAACCGGAAAAACUGGCCGACGGUCGACGGGUGCGUGUAACGGUCGAAGUGUUCGGCAAAGGCACGUUCCGAGGCAUCGGUCGGAACUACCGAAUCGCAAAGUGUACGGCAGCUAAAUGUGCACUGCGACAGUUGAGGAAACUUGGAUAUAGUAGCCAUAAACGGAGAUAGUUUGACUUUCGGGGAAUCAAAGGUAUCGCCAUAAAAACAUUCCUUUAUUUUUAAAAACAUCAAAUAUCUAUCUGUAGUGAUCUCAAUUGUGUACUUGUAUCUUAAGACAUUUGUAAUUUAUAUCAAUAAGGUAUUCAAAUAAGAUUAAUAA